AUGCGCACACCACAGAUUGAUCCUCCUCGUCUCUUGCCCGACUUGGACAUAGAACGGUUUGUUCGGAUUCAGGAUCUCAAGGUCGAUGAAGGAGAGCAAGAGACUGAAUACGAGCGUGCUGCUCGCGAACUUCGAGAAGGGAAAAAGAGGAGCGACUGGAUGCUGUUCGUCUUUCCCCGGGUUUCUGGUUUAGGAAAGCACAUCAGCAGCAUUUUCUACGGAAUUGGGACGAUGGAGGAGGCCAGGGCGUUCCUCGAGCACCCGGUCAUCGGGCCAAGGCUACACGAUGCGACAGAAGCUGUUCUCAACAGUGGAGAAGACAACCUCAACAACCUCUUUGGGAACUCGGACGAAGCGUUGGGGUUCAAGUCUUCUAUGACACUCUUUGCGCAGUGGUUCACCCCGUGGCUCGAGGCUCUGCCAGCGGCAACGAGCACGAGCUGGUGGUGCGAGAGGCGAGACGGAUUGCGCCAUCCCGAUUUCAAAUCCACGGGUGCCAGCCCGUCUUUGUACCUGGACGACUCCCCGGAUAUAUACGCGCCGCUGCUCUCGGGGACAAUGGCGACCGAAGACAAAUCCCAGCACGACGUGCGCGCAUCCUCGGCGGACUCUCCUCGCCUGGGAGGCUCCAGCUUCACCGGCGACUCGGCGGGGAAGAAGGCACCAUGGUGGUCCUAUUUUUGGGAUUAUGAACCGACGAGGACUCCCGAAGAGAGGAAAUUCGUCCAGAAACUCGACGUUUCGCUCUUGACGAUUCUUUGCUUCGGCUACUUCAUCAAGAACCUGGACCAAACAAACAUUUCCAACGCCUACGUGUCCGGGAUGAAGGAGGAUCUGGCCAUGGACUCGAACCAGCUGAACUUGAUAGACGUGGCUUGGACUACCGGAUAUGUCAUCGGGCAGCUGCCGUCCCAGUUCAUUCUCACCAAAGUUCGACCAUCCAUAUGGAUUCCAAGCUGUGAGCUGGUGUGGACGGUCUUGACCUUCUGCCUCGCCGCCACGAGCAACAGCAAUCAAGUCAUCGCCAUACGCUUCUUGGUCGGUCUCGUCGAGAGUAUCUUCUAUCCUGCCGCGCACUUCUUGAUCGGGAGCUGGUACAAGCCGAGCGAGCUGGGGAAACGCGCCUGUAUUUUUCACGCGUCGUCAGCCGCGGCAGGAAUGUUUUCCGGAUAUCUUCAAGCUGCGGUCUACACUGGCUUGAACGGAACCCUGGGUAAGGCUGGGUGGCAGUGGCUGUUCAUCAUGGACGGUGUUAUUAGUACUCCCAUCUGCCUAGCUGGCUACUUCAUGAUUCCCGACCUGCCGGAGAACACUCGUGCGUUCUAUCUGACCGACGACGACGCUGCACUCGCCCGGAAACGAAUGGACUCCAUCGGCCGCGCCCCUCGCCGGAAGCUGGGGUGGUCCAUAUUGAAGCGUGUCUUCACGCGCUGGCAUGUGUGGGCUUUGACGCUUCUCUACAUCAUCUUCAUCAACACGGGGCCUUCAUCAAGCGUCAACCCGUUGCCUUUGUGGUUGAAGGCCAACGGGUGGCCCGUGACGUCUGUCAACAUCAUACCCACAGCCCAGUCUGCCGUUCAACUCGUCUCAACCGUCAGCUUCUCCAUCUUGUCUGACUACCUGCGCUCCAGGCCGGCGGUGAUGUCGAUCUCAACCUUCUUCGGAUUUUUCACGUCACUAUUGCUCGCCAUCUGGACCAUCCCAACUGGCCUAAAAUGGUUCUCGUUCUUCGCGUCAAGAAUCUCCGUUGCCUACGGACCCUUAUCAAUGACCUGGGCGAACGAAAUUUGCGGUGCUGAUGCUGAGGAAAGGGCAGUGGUUCUGGGGGUAAUGAAUGCGGCGGGCUACGCUUUCAAUGCCUGGCUUCCACUCCUGACUUAUCCGGUGGUGGAUGCCCCGAGAUUCAAGAAGGGAUUCACGUACACAACCAUCGCAUUUGUGGCUCAGGCAAUCAUCACUUGGACGAUUUGGUGGCUGUCCAGACGGGACAGGAGGAAGGAAGAGAAGUCCGCGGUCGACACAGCUGGAGUCACGCAGGAACUGUAG